CUCGUGGGAGGUACAAUCCCACAAACCCCAUAGGCACGAAAAGGAAGCGUAUACAAACCUCUACCAGCCAAUUCGACGAGGCAUGAAAAUGCCAAAGAAUACAAAAGAUGUUCAGUGAUAGAUGAAUAUGGGAGAGCACACUGUGCCGGUUCUGCUCAUAACAGCAAAUGUUGGUUCCGUCUUUGAAAAUCGAGAUGGUCUUGAGAAAGGCUGGAUUCGUGAAACAGUCGGUACAAUAACAAGACUUAAACCAAAGUUUGUGGCACUGCACUUUCAAGAAAGUGGAGGAAAAGAAUCGGGUGAGGAAUCACUAGAAAAUGUGAAGGACUUUACGCGUGUCUUCCUUGGUCAGUCUCAACUGAAAGAAAAAUUUGACAAAGUGCGAGCAUGGUUCGAUCAAGAUUACCAUAAACAAGAGCAAUAUACGGCUCUUGGUUGUAUAUAUCUGGUAAGCAAGUCCUUAGAGGAUGCAUCACUCUGGAAUUUUGAAGGUAUUAGCAAGAGACUUGUAUUUAUUUUUAUAUUUUCAUACAUAUAAAUGUCAGAUGUAUGGAGUGUAAUAUUUUCUUUA